CGGGCCGUCCCCUCGGUCUGCAGCCCACCCCCCACCCUUAAAGCGGCGGCGGGAAGAUGAGGUUCCGGGAGCCGCUCCUGGGCGGCAGCGCCGCGAUGCCCGGCGCCACCCUGCAGCGGGCCUGCCGCCUGCUCGUGGCCGUGUGCGCGCUGCACCUCGGCGUCACCGUCGUCUACUACCUGGCGGGCCGCGACCUGCGCCGCCUGCCCCAGCUCAUCGGAGCGCCGCCGCCGCUGCAGGGGCAGCCCUCGGGGGAGCCCCGGCCCCGGGCCGCAGGGCCGCCGCCUCCGCUGGGCAGAGUCUCCUCCGAGCCGGCCGACAACCUGACCUCGGUACCCCUGUCCCCCACCACGGCACUGUCGUUGCCCGCGUGCCCCGAAGAGUCCCCGCUGCUCGUUGGCCCCCUAUCGAUUGACUUUACUGUUCCUGUGGAUCUGGAGCUUUUGGCAAAACAAAACCCGGAGAUAAGGAUGGGUGGCCGUUUCAACCCCAAGUACUGCAUCUCUCCUCACAAGGUGGCUAUCAUUAUUCCAUUCCGCAACCGACAGGAACACCUCAAGUAUUGGCUGUAUUACUUACAUCCAAUCCUGCAGCGCCAGCAAUUGGACUAUGGCAUCUAUGUGAUCAACCAGGCUGGAGACACUAUGUUCAAUCGUGCUAAGCUCCUCAACAUUGGCUUUCAAGAAGCCUUGAAGGACUAUGACUACAACUGCUUUGUGUUCAGCGACGUAGACCUCAUUCCAAUGGAUGACCACAAUGCCUACAGGUGCUUUUCACAGCCACGGCACAUUUCUGUCGCGAUGGACAAGUUUGGAUUUAGUUUGCCAUAUGUUCAGUAUUUUGGAGGAGUCUCUGCUCUCAGUAAACAACAGUUUCUUGCCAUCAAUGGAUUUCCUAAUAAUUACUGGGGCUGGGGAGGAGAAGAUGAUGACAUUUUUAACAGGCUAGUUCACAAAGGCAUGUCAAUAUCUCGCCCAAAUGCUGUGAUAGGGAGGUGUCGCAUGAUCCGACACUCAAGAGACAAGAAAAAUGAGCCCAAUCCUCAGAGAUUUGACCGGAUUGCCCACACAAAGGAGACUAUGCGCUUUGAUGGUUUGAACUCACUUACUUACCAGGUGUUGGACAUAAAGAGAUACCCAUUGUAUACCAAAAUCACAGUGGACAUCGGGACACCAAGCUAGCAUUUUGGUACAAAUAAGAGACCUGAAAAUGGCCAGGGACCUCUGGUGUGUGUCUCUGUCAGUCGUCUGGGCUGGUCCCCCUCAUUUGUACAGUCUAAGUGACACAGGGCCCUUCACUCGUCAUUCAGACCCCUUCGAGAUGGUCAGAAGGAGUGGAAUGAUUUGCCCCCAACUUGGCUCGGCAUUCAAGGAGUUUCUCAGUGACCAUCAGCCUUUGGGGGUCUUCUCGAACAUGUUCAGUGUCACCCCAAAGAGUCAGAACUAUACACAGCUCAGAAUUUGACUGUGGGGCACGUUCCCACUGUUAAAUCUGCUAAAUUAUGAAAUGGUUAAGAACUUUGCUUUAAAUGGCGAUGUUAUUACUUCAUGAAAAAUUGGAGACUGCUGCUGACUGAAUUCAAAUAGGCAUGACAUUCUUCUGCUGUCAUUUUUUUUUUAACAGAGAAACACAACAAUUCAACCAUGUUUUACCCCUCUCCCACCUUCUUUCAGUGGUAUGCAACUGUUACAAUCACUGUGUGUAUAUGUGUGUGUGUUUUCGUAGCAAAAGAAUUUAAAAACUUGAGCCUUGAACUUUCUGUCCCGCUAGCGUGUGGGUCCCCGGGAAGCUAGCAUCCGGGCGGAAGCCCUGGGUGCUCUCCCUCCCAGGGGCCUGUCUCUAGUUGAUUGUCUGAUUUCUGAAGGUAAAGAAUUUUUUUUAAGUAGUUUGUAGUAUUUUAAAGAACAAAUCAAGUUCUAAUUAUUCUAUAGCUUUUGAUUUUUGUGUUGAUCCAAAUUUGAAUAGUUAUUUAGUGUUAAGUCAUGACAAUUUAUUUUUCUGGGCAUGCUAUGUAAACUUGAAUUUCCUAUGUAUUUUUUAUUGUGGUAUUUUAAAUAUAGGGAGGGAAUUGAGUAUUUUUUAGGGGGAAAUAUAAUGUAUGCUGUAAUGGCCACAAGCAUGGCCUCUGAUUUAGCUGGCAGGCCAGAUUUCAUGAAGAGCAAAAUCCCCUUUGGGUCCCUUGAUGAGGGCAAGGCCUCCUACUCAGCAUUAUCCUGCCAGACCUCUGGGUCAGGCGCCCAGGAGAUAGCCUCUGCCCCUCCCAGGAGGGCUGGGAGGAAGGAACCUCAGCCUCCUGGAACUGACCCCUCAGGCCCCCAAGCUGUGGGGUUGAAAAUAACAGCAGUUUGUUUACCAUCACUUAGCGCCUCCCGCCUCCCUAGUUGGGGUGAGAGUGGCAAGUAACCUCUGUUUUGGCAGGGAUGGCCUCCCUCCCAGAGCCUCUGGGCUGUACUCCCUGACCCACACUUUCUUCUUUCCUGCCUGGCCCUGCCUUUUACUGUUCUGCCUCCCUUUCCCCUUCUACCUUUGCUUCAUUCUGUAAAACUGGCCUGUGGCACUCAGGAUCAAAAAAGACUAUUCAUUGUGCCUUUUAAUUAAAGAUCGAGAAAAUUCAGCUGUACCCACUCAUUCCUCCUGAGAAUUCUGGUGCCUAAAUCUUCUCAUUCUCCCGGCCCCCUCAGGGUUUUAGAAGGUGCUCUCACCCUUUGAGGCCAGCCCACAGGGUUGUCAUUCACAAACAUGCCCCUUUUGGGGAUGUAUAGCUGCCUGGGACUUGGAGUGAGAUAAAAGGAGAUGCAGUGAACACCAAGCAACUUGCCAGGCCCAGCCUGAGAUCCUAAAUUCAGCUGCCUAAUCCAGAACCCAGCCCUUUGCUUGUGGAAGCCAGGACCCCACCCUUGCCCUAGUUCUUGCACCAGCUCUGCAUGCAGAGACUGAGCUGAUGGCUGGCCCUGAUCCUACCUGUAUUUGAAUUGCUUUGAGCAUAUCAGAUUCCUACUUGCUGCUUUUUCCAGGAGCUUUUGUAUUGGUUAGAAACUAUCUCCUCCUGCAAAAGCAACAGUCUAUGCAAAGAGUAUUUUUCUGUGGGCUCCUCAUGCCUUACCAAGGUCAUUAAAAGUAAGACUGGCUGCACUGAAAGGAGCUAGGGGAAAUGCAAAGGCCUUUUUUCUGACUCCAGAUCCUGACUUUUCCAAAGUGCCUUAAAAGAAAGGAGACAAAUGCCUUGAGUGGUAGCUUCUGUAUUACCUCCUGUGCUGGAAACACAAUUCUACCUUUUCUCUUUUUUGUCCCUCUUAUAUUUUGUUCAUGUUAAGUAUAUGGUUCAUUCUAAGAACCAAGGAAAAUUCUGCUUUGCCUGUUCCCCUACUCCUGACCAGCAUUCUCAGGGGGGCUCUCCCAGGGCCCAGGUACAACCAAGGCACUGCUGGGCCUGGCCUGUGAGAUGCUGCCUGCCGUCAGCAUCCUCACGGAGAGUCUGGGGAGCGUUUACUUCGUCUGGGAGUUAUGACCAUGGCGUCACAUGCUGUGCCUUUCUCUGUAUAUCCUAUUGCUGGUGACCGAUGUAAAGUGGCCUUUGGGAAAGAUCAGAGGCACCAAAGGGCAAAGGAAAUGCUGUGCUGGCCUUCAGCCUGGCAGUGUCUCCGCUGGGCUGGGUGUGGGCAGCUAGGAUGACAGUGCUUCUGUCCUAGAGACCUGUUACGCUGUGUAUUGCGAUUUCCUGUGUAUGCAAAUUGUGUCUUUACUAUUGGGAGGAGGGGUAUCUGACUUUGGUGUUCAAAACAGACAACUGUAUUUCUGCCUUUGAAAUGCAGUAAUGUAACAUGAAUAAAUGUCUCUAUCUUUAUA